AUGGUGAUGGUGCCAAGGCCGACGUCUACCCCCCACUGCCCCUCCCUCACCACAGACCCAGAGAACCAGGAGGAGAACCAGGAGGAGAACCAGGAGGAGAACCAGGAGGAGAACCAGGAGGAGAACCAGGACUCGGACUCGGAGGUGGGCUUCCUGCGUGUGGACCUGAGCUCUCUGGAGGAGUCGUGGUUCGUGACUCCUCCCGCCUGCUUCACCAGAGCUCAGCCGCGGCCCCUGGAACCCAGUCCCCUGGAGAACCUCCUCAUCGAACACCCCUCUAUGUCCGUGUACCUGCUCCACACCAAGCCACGCCCACACCUGCAGCGAGGGGGCGGAGCCAAGGCCACGACCGGCGUAAAGAAGGAGAAGAGACGGCCGGCGGAGAGCAGGCUCCGGCCUGAGGGGAUCCCGCGGCGCCCGUCCUGUGUGUGCGUGCCUGUCUCUGUGCGCACAGACCCGCUGCAGCCACGUCCACCUCUGGCUCUGUCGCGGAACGCUCUGCGCAGACUCAACCCACAGCGCCCCCUGAAGGCCGCCACCCCCCAACUGCACCAGCUGCACCAGCCAGCACAUCGCCAGUGCAACUUCUGA